AUGAGUCGCUCGAGCAGAACCCUUUAUGUCGGUAACCUUCCAGGUGACAUUCGUGAGCGCGAGGUGGAAGAUCUGUUUUACAAGUAUGGAAGAAUUGUGCACAUCGAUUUGAAAGUCCCGCCCAGGCCUCCGGGUUAUGCAUUUGUUGAGUUUGAAGACGAACGUGAUGCUGAUGAUGCCAUUCGAGCGCGUGAUGGCUAUGACUUUGACGGGCAUCGUCUACGGGUUGAGCUUGCACAUGGUGGGCGUGGACACUCUUCCUCGAGAGAUCGUUAUAGCGGCAGUCGGGGUCCCCGUGGUGGAGUGUCCAGGCGGUCAGAAUACAGAGUUUUGGUCACUGGCUUGCCUCAUUCUGCUUCAUGGCAAGAUCUCAAGGAUCAUAUGCGUCAAGCUGGGGAUGUUUGCUUUUCACAAGUUUUCCAAGAGGGGAAAGGAACUACAGGGAUAGUGGACUACACAAAUUAUGAUGACAUGAAGUAUGCUAUCAAGAAGCUCGAUGAUUCUGAGUUUCGCAAUGCUUUCUCCAGUAGUAGAAUCCGUGUAAAAGAAUAUGAUUCUAGCCGUUCGAGAAGCCGAAGCCGUAGUCGCAGCCCGCCAUACUCUAAAGGAAGAAGCAAUGGUCGGAGCAGCAGGAGCAGGAGUAGGAGUCUGAGCCAUAGUCCGAGCAGGAGCAGAAGCAAAUCGCCGUUGAGAAAACCGUCGCGCCACUCGAGAUCUCGUUCGAGGUCUGUGUCUCCGUCUCGUUCUGGGUUGAAAGCACGCUCUGUGUCAAGAUCUCCUUCAAGGUCAAGAUCCCCAAAAGCAUCUGUAAGUUCAAUCCUUGAUUUUGAUCAGCUGAUGCUCAAUCAAAUUUUGUAA